AUGAAUGCACGAGAUGAAAGCUAUGUAAAAAUGAAAAACUAUCAGUUUAAGGAUGUUCUUGGCUGGGGACAAAGCGAUGUAGUGUAUUUGAUAUAUGAUCCUGCAUUCCAACGAGAUUUUGCUUUAAAAGUGAUGCUUCAAACAAAAUUCAAUAAGAACGAGAUUGAUGUUAUGAAAGAUGUUGAUCAUCCAUACAUUAUCAGACUCUAUAACUAUGAAUACUAUGAAGAUGCUGUCUAUCUUUUAAUGGAAUUCUGUCCACAAUCAUUGGAAAAAGCCAUUAAAAGAAGAAAUAUCAGUGAUUCUAAAACAACACUUAAGUAUUGCAUGGGAAUUGUAAAUGCAAUCAAAGCUUGCCAUAGAUACAAUGUUGCUCAUCUUGAUAUUAAACCAGCUAACUUCUUAAUUGACCAGUAUGAUCGUAUACGCGUUUGCGAUUUUGGAUUAAGCUCCAUUAACAAAGCUAUAGGCGAUUGCUGCCAUGUAAACAGGCAGUUUGCAGGGUCCGUACCAUUCAUGGCUCCGGAAAUUUUGGAAAUGAAACCAUAUGAUCCUUUUAAAGCCGAUAUUUGGGCUGUUGGAGUCACCUUAUAUUUCAUUGCCACAGGAAAAUUUCCUUGGGAUGGUUUAACAAAAGAAGAAAUGUGCGAAAACUUAAUGAAAAACGAUCCAAAUCUUGAUCUUAUUGAUAAUAAAGAUCUGGCUGCAGCUAUCGGUGAUUGCUUAGAAAAAGAUCCAUCAAAAAGGCCAACAAUUUUUGAUCUCGGCCACUAUCCUGUAUUUAAAGAAGCCGCAUCAUGCACACAUUGCACUGUACGCAAAAAUACAUUUCUUCCAUUAAGGAAAUACCUCUCACCAUCUACAUUAAUCAUCAAACCUAAGAUGAAUCGUGGAAAGCUGCAAAUUUCUAUAUAA